AUGGAGCUGUAUGGAAUUAGUGGGUUUGGGAAUAAGAGCAUGGAGGCACUUGCGUUGAAGAAGAGAGCAGAGAGUGAGUUUGAGAUGGGUGAUUUCGAGGAGGCUGAGGGAUUGCACAAGGAUGACAUAGCAUUGGUAAAGGAUAUUGUCAAUGAUAUAUGGAAGAAAUUGGAUUACGAUUCCUCAAUUAUUCUUACCAAGAACCUAGUUGGACUAGAAUCAUUAAUUGAAGAGAUUGAAAAUUUAUUAUGUAUAAAGGGCUUUUGCAAGCUAGAAAUUUGGGGCAUAGGAAAAGCUACUCUUGCUGGUGCUAUAUUUGAAAAAUCUCAAAACAGGGAUGAACAUCACAAUCAUGGAUUCACCUUCACAAAAAAACGUCUCAUUAGUAGAAAAAAGGUUCUCAUUGUAUUUGAUAAUAUAACAAAGUUAGAACAAAUAGAAUGUUUAAUGGGAGUUUUUGACAAUUUGGAUUCAGAAAGUCGAAUCAUCAUAACGACAAGGGAUAAACACGUGCUAACAAAUUGUAAAGUGGAUCACAUUCAUGAGAUGGCAGGGUUAUCUUCUUAUAAUGCUCUUCAACUUUUUGCCUUAUAUGCCUUUAUAGGAAACCCUCCAACAGAAGAUUAUAACGAGCUAUUAUCUAUAGUAGUAGCUUAUGCUAAAGGUGUUCCACUAGCUUUUAAAGUUCUAGGUUCUUUUCUAUUCAAGAGGAAAAAGAGAGAAUGGGAAAGUGCGCUAAAAAACUUAAGAACAAGUCUUCAUAUGGAUGUCCGCAAGGUGUUAAACAUAAGUUAUGAUGGAUUAAAUGAUAAAGAGAAGGUUGUAUUUUUACAUAUUGCAUGUUUCUUUAAAGAAUAUAAAAGAGAUCUCAUAGAAGCAAUCUUGAAUGCUCGUGACUUCAACUCUCAUAUUUCUAUGCAUCUUCGUAUUGAAAGGUGUCUCAUAGCUACAUCAUUUAAUGUCAUAACAAUGCAUGAUUUACUUGAAGAAAUGGAUAGAGAAAUUGUUCGACAAGAAUCAAUUGAUAAUUCUAGUAAACGUAGUCGAUUGUGGGAUCACAAUGAAAUCAUUUCAGUAUUGAAGUAUAAUAUGGGAAUUAAAGCAAUUCGAAGCAAAUGCUUGGAUAUGUCUAAAGUAGAAGAGUUGCAUUUAAAUCCUAAAGCUUUCAACAGCAUGCAAAACCUAAGAUUCUUGAAAUUUUAUGGGUCUAAACAUGGAAAGAAGGUGCCUGAAUCUGAUUCCUCUGCAUUGCAUCAUAACUUAAGAUGCUUGGAAGGAAAAAACUCCAGUGAUGGAAAGAAGUUGCAUGGUUUUAAGAAACUUAAGUUUGAUUUCUAUGAGAUAAGGCACUUUUGCUUUCAUGGAUAUCCUACCAAAUCAUUGCCGCCAAAUUUUAAUCCAAAGAACCUUGUUGCACCUUACAUGCCUAAUAGCAAAGUUAAAAAACUAUGGAUUGGUAACCAGAUUCUUGUUAAUUUGAAACAUAUUGACCUCAGUCACUCUAAGUAUCUAUGCAAAAUACCAGAUUUUUUACUUAUGCCAAAUCUUAAGAGCUUGAAUCUUGAAGAUUGUACAAAUUUACUUGAGAGUUUCUCAUCUAUCUAUACUCUCCACAAACUUGUUAUCCUCAAGCUACAAGGAUGCAAAAGCUUUGAUUAUCUUUUAUUUAGUGAUAAUUGCCAAUCUCUUCGAGAAGUUAAUCUCUCCAAUUGCUCAAAUCAGGAAACAGUUUCAUAUCUCCCUAAUACAAUUGAAAAGUUAUAUCUAGAUGGAAUUGUCAUUAAAGAAUUCCCAUCAAUAGGACAUUUAUUUAGACUAGUAAAAUUGAGUCUUAGAAAAUAUUCAGGGCUUGAGAGAUUACCAAAUAGUACUCAUGAGUUGAAAUCUCUUAAAUGUCUUUAUCUCUUAGGUUGUUCCAAACUUGACAAAUUGCCUAAUGACAUGGGAAAUUCAUUUUCUUUGGUUGUUUAUUUGAAUCAAAAGGGUUUGAGGCUGAGGUUAUGCCCUGUUUUCUAUGGUUUUUAUGGCCUUAACACAUAG